AUGGAUGUUAAAAUGGAAAAGCGUCGUCAAUCGGCAAACCCCUAACCCCUCUUUCCUCUAAACCCUCUUAAACAUGGCGGCGAUUACCAAACGCCUCCUCCAUCUCCGCCCCACUGUCCACUUCACCUCUCACCCGAAUUCUCACCCCCUCCGCCAUUUCUCAUCCUCCGACACUCCGGAAUCCGAACAAUCGCCACCGCAUUCUUCAGUCUCCUCGAGCCUCAACGAUGUCAGAGCCAGCCUCCAAAAUACCCCACCGUCUCCUCCUCCUCCUCGCUCAUUUCCCCCGCCUCGGAACCCGCCGCCGCCGCCCCGAUCCGGCUCGAGAGAAGAUGUCAGUCAGCUGCUCUCCGAGUUUCGUGCCCGCUCCGCGCCGCCGCCGCCGAGUUCCGUCGAUAAAUACGUCUCGCUUCAUGAGCUCUACGAGAAGAACAUCAAAUCCAAGGGCCGUAGCUCCGAUUCUCCUCCCCCUGGUGACGGAAAUCGCCCGGAAUCGGGAAAGAAGGCCGCUGAUUCGUGGUCGAUUUCGAAAUUUACCAGGGAUUUGAAGAUGAAAGCGGAUCUGGACGGGAAGCUUGGUGCGGGGGGUGGGGGUUUCGUCUCCCCCUUUUCGCACAAGGAUGGGAAAGGUUUGGGGUUUGGGAAGAUUCAUGAUCGGUCUGAAUUGGGGAAGAGGCUGCAGGCGAUGAGGCCGGAGAAGCGCAAGGGGAAGUGGUUUUCGUUGCAGGAAAUGAGCGACCGGCUUGCUAAGGUCAGGGAGGCUCAGAAUAAGGAGCUCGGGAAUAGGUCUGGACUCCCGCAUGGAGUUGCAUUUGGAGUUGUGGAUGGUCUUCUUCAAAUGCACAAGGACAGUACCCAAAGGGAAAGACAGAAACACCCGGUGAAUAUUAAUAUUUUGGGUUCCAUGGGUGCCGCCCUAGAUGAGAAGAUGGCAGGGCCACCAAAAGAUCAUUUAAUUGAGAAGUAUUUUCAUCCUGACAAUAUGUCAUCUGCUGAGAAACUGAAGUUGGAGCUUAAAAAAGUAAGAGAUGAAUUUAAAAUGUCAGAGUCUGAUUGUGGUUCUGCUCGUGUUCAAGUUGCUCAAUUGACGACAAAGAUUAAACAUCUGUCAUCUGUUUUACACAAAAAGGAUAAACAUUCUACACGGGGCCUUCUAGCAAUGGUUCAAAGGAGGAAGAAGUUGUUGAAAUAUCUCAGACGGACUGACUGGGACUCGUACUGCUUUGUUCUAACAAAGCUUGGUCUCCGUGAUAACCCUGAUGUUAAAGCUUAGGCGAUUGCUACCAUGGAAAUUUAGUUUUCAGGUAAGAAAUUUCUGUAGUAGAUUUAUUCAGUCUUUGCCGUGAUUUUGUUUUUUCCGGCCACAUUUUGUUUGAACAAUAGAAAUAUGUUGUUUUCUUUAUGGAAUUCGAGAUUUUUUAAACAUGGAUACUGGGGGUAAUUGAACACCCCAAAUCUGGAAAAUUUCGAUCUUCCAAUAAUGUAAAUUAUGUUUUAGAAAUUAA